ACUCUCUUCGUGAUCGACAGCCCUUUUCACCAAUGGCAGCUUAGAGCUGCGCUACGCAGGAAAGGGCGGGAACGUCGGUUGCCUAGCGAUAGUAGUACGCGCAGGUCGGGCAUAGCAGCAUGGCGGAAGACGAGAGCGAUCAAGAGUCGGAGAGACUGGUAGAAGAGCUGGUCGCGAUUGCGGAUGAAGACAUUGGGAAUGGUGACUUGUGCCGUAUUACUAGCAGGGAAUACUGCCGGCGCUUCUGUGAGGUUGUCGAAGAUUAUACUUCGAGAUGUCAGGUUCCUUUACCCCAGCUCCAGGUCCUUCAGACAGCUCUGUGUUGCUUCACGUCUGCCAGCAUAUCUUUCCCAGUUGAAUGUGAGCACGUACAGUAUGUUUUGAGUAGACUAGCUUUGAGUCUGUUUGAAUUGUUGCUUUUCUUUGGAAAAGAUGAAUUUUAUGAGGCUCCUCUGAAAGACAUUCUUGGUUCAGUGCAGGAGUGCCACGACCAUCUCAUCCGAUAUGAUAACACAGACCUGAAGCUGGUCACUUACGUAAUUAAAGAUGGUGGCCCUUGGGAGAAUCCAGUAUUACAAGCUAUACUCAAGGGAAGAUCGGAACCACAGGAUAUAGUGGACAGGUAUUUGAGGUCCGAACGUGAGUUCUUCUUUGAGCUGCGUGUGAGGUACCUCGUUGCCUGUGAGCGUAUCCCAGAAGCAGUUGCUCUCAUCACAACUUGCCUAAGUAACACGGAAGUCAGUAAAAACCUGUACUACCAUCAAGCGUACUUCACAUGCCUACAUAUGACCCGUCUAACUGAUCAGCUUUUGCAUGAGCAUGUUCUUAGGAUAAACCCAAGAGACGGGGUAGAAAUUAUCUGCAACACUGAGCAGGAAGGUAAAACGGUACUGGCGUUGCAGCUGAGUGAAGCUUUCCUCAUAACACAGUUACAAACUGGGGAGAUGGAUUACAUUUGGGAUUUAAUAUUUAUUUGGAGCAAACUUCAGCUGAAAAAGAACUCCUCAAAGCAAGCCUUUGUCGAGCAGUGCUAUCAGAUGUUAAGGAUAGCCACCAACAUUAAAGUUAUCUUCCCUCUCAUAAAAGCAAUCUUAAAUGAAGUUGGAGAAUUUGGAGUCCAGUUGGCCGUCGAGCUUUGUGGAUGUGCUUUGCAACUAGAUCUUGACGAUAACCCAGAAACCAAGUCUUUAAUUUACAAAACCAUUGCUUACCUUUUGCCCACUGACUUGGAGAUCGGCAGGGUUUGCGCUUUAUCGGUUUUCUUCUUGGAGAGGACCAUAGAAUCCUAUGCUGCUGUUGAACGUUUGUAUAAAAGUUCAGACGAGGAUUACAAUGAGUUUCUGAGCUGUGUUGAAAACCGAGUGCGGUUUGAAAUGCUUCCAAUUCUAAAGAGAGGGUUAAUAUUUGAUCCAGAGUUUUGGAAUUUCUCUAUGAUCGAGGAAAAAUGUGCUUCUUUCCUUAGGGAGAAUAACCCUCCAGAAUCAUGUAAUUCAAGUACACUGGAUACCGAAGUUCUGGAAACUUUAAAUUCAGAUACCUCUCAUGUGGACUUAAGAAAUGGGAUCAUUGACCAUGGAGAAUCCAGGAUCACCAGAUCAAAAAUCUCUCUUGUUAAAAAGAGAAUUCCUCCGAUGCUCGGCUCUUACAAGAUCGAUCAUAAUGUUCCCGUUCAUCAGUGUACCCUUUGCAACAAGGUGAUUCUUGGUGGCCAUAUUUUCAGACAUGCUCAGGCUCAUCAAAAAAAAGGCUGCUUUUCGUGUGUUUUAUGCUCCAGGAAGUUCAGAAAUCGUGUUAAAAUUCUUAAACAUUUAAAGAACCACGUAAAGAAAAUGCAGGUACGGCCAAUGGCUACACUUGACGCAGCUUCUGAUGCUUUAUCAUGUGGAAAUAAAGAAACGUCAGGCUUGGAAAAUGGAAAUUCUAGUAGUUCUACCACUGAUGUAUUAACUGUGGCUCCAGCCGUAAAUAUGACGUAUGAGGAAUCUCUUCAUACCAUUAUUCCUGUUGAAAAUCACACAGCCGAUCAUGAUAUUCAAAUAGAUGGCCCAAUGCCCAAUGCUGACAACGAUGUCUCUGAAUGUACAAAAAUAAAUGGAUCUUUGUGCCCCGUUGCUGCAAAACAGGCAGCGAAUGAGCAAGGUGUCUAUAAAUGCCCAGCUCGGGGCUGUGUACGUCUUUUUAAAAAGAUGCGCUCUCUUAACAAGCACGCCAGGAUAGCCCACCCAGCGGAUACAAGAGUCCAGCAGCAUUUAAUGAAACACAACAAGGGAAAUUGCCGUUUCUGUCAUAGACGGUUUGCCGAUUCCAAACACUUUUUUGAUCACAUGAAAAGACAUGUUUAUCCCGAGGUCUAUUUCUGCCAGCAUUUAAACUGCAAUAAAAGAUUCAAGCUAGUGACCCACCUGGCGGAACACCUGCUAAGCCAUGAAUCAUUCCAAGCCCAGUGUGGUUUUGUUAACUGCUGUCAAAUAUUUAAUGAACUGCCGACACUUUAUGCACAUGAAGCUCUGCACUAUAAUCGGAAUCCCUGUGAAGAUGACACUAGUUAUCCUGAUGUGGAGGUUGUAGCCAGUGUUCCUGCUUCCAGUGCUUCGCUAGAUAAUGCUCAUUUAGAUCAGGUACCUUUGGGUGGCUGUACAAAGGACCAUGUUCUUGCAAAAAAUGCUUCCUUGGGGGAAUUGCAGGACUUCAUGGACACUUACCAGCACUUCUCUAGGUUUUCUAAAGGAAAGGAAUCUGUUAAGGGCGGAACAGAAGUAGUAGACUUACCAGUACCUGUUUGGAAAGCAAGAAAGGACACCGUUGAACCAAAGACCUAUACUCAAACAGAGAAAAAAGUAAAUGGUGAUGUUCAGAACAGAAAUUCACCAGAAAGUUCAAAUCUGCAAGAGAUAGAGCAGCUACCUGAGCAAGGAAAACUGACACAAAGUGAACUUGCAGAUGGAAAGAGUCAGGACAAAUGUAACAUGGCGGAGCAGACUGUAGGACAAACGCCUUGCUUGCUUGAUACCGCAACACCUAACACCGAGACCGUCACAAAAGAGAGUUUGGUUACAGAUGGUACGCAGGAUGUCUCUGAAGAAAAAGAUGCUGCUUCUUCCAGAAGGUCUCCAAGCCCUCUUACAACAUAUGGUAGGACUCCCAAGGUGCCAUUUGUCAGGCCUUUGCCUCCAAGUUAUCUAGAUGAACAAUAUAUAAGUAUGCCAAAGCGGAGAAAAACUGCUGUGGAACAGGCAUCUGAAAAUGACAAAGUUUCUAAAAAAUCCGUGGCGAGAUUCAGAUGUGGGAAGUGCCUAACGAAUUACUCAAGCUCAGAAGCACUUAAUGAGCACACAGCACAAAACAAAUGUCAGCUUUAUUUUGGCUUUGACUCCGAUGAUGAAAGUGCCUGGUAAAUGCAUGAAGAAGGAGGAGACCAUAGAAAUAAUUUCUGGUUCAGAUUGGCCUUAAGGAGUUGACAUCUUUCACCUUUUUUUCCCACAAAUACCAGUGGAGUUCUCGAUGAGUUUUACAAGUGCAGAAAAUUACUUUGGUUUUACUGGGAACAAAAAGGUGUGCCAUGUAACUUUACCGGUGUAUCCUGCAUUCAUGAUUGUAUCAAAUAAAAUAUUUGAUAUUUACCAA